CCCCUUUCUAAUACGUCUUUCCAUAUACAUCCAUUAUUAUUGCUCAAAUUUUAUUCUCCAUUGCUCAUAACUUUCGCGUUGCUACUUAUUCACAAUUUAAUUUAUACUCUCAUCUCAUCUGUAAAACCUCAGAAACCAAGAAAAUGGCGUUGGUCGGAGAAGAAAGCAAGUUGGAGCUGAGCUUAGGGUUGCCGGGUGGCGGCGGCGGAGCUAAAGAAGCCGCCGCAGAUCAGCAUGGCGGUGCCACGGCGGCGGCGACGGCCGGAAAGGGAAAAAGAGGGUUUGAAGAAACCAGGCAUCAUGUGGAUUUGAAGCUCAAGCUUUCGUCUAAGGAUUCACAGAUCCAUGCUUCUGAUAAGGCCAACAAUAAGGAUAAUGAUAAUGAUGCUGUCAUCAAGCCUCCAGCCAAGGCACAGGUUGUAGGUUGGCCACCAGUCCGGUCUUACCGGAAGAACAUCCUGGCCGCUAACAACCACCAAAAGAGCGGCGGAGAAGACGGCGGCGACAAGGCGGCAGUGUUGGUUAAGGUUAGCAUGGAUGGUGCACCCUACCUUAGGAAAGUGGACCUAGGCAUGUACAAGAGUUACCAAGAGCUGUCUGAUGCCUUGGCCAAGAUGUUCGGCUCCUUCACUAUUGGUAAUUGUGAAGCGCAAGGGAUGAAGGAUUUCAUGAACGAGAGCAAGCUGAUGAACGUGUUGAACAGUUCUGAUUACGUUCCCACCUAUGAAGACAAGGAUGGUGAUUGGAUGCUUGUCGGCGAUGUCCCAUGGGAGAUGUUUGUAGAAUCCUGCAAGCGCUUGCGUAUUAUGAAAGGAACAGAAGCUAUUGGGCUUGCGCCUAGAGCCAUGGAAAAAUGCAAGAACAGAAGCUGAAGGGGAAGCCAACCACCACGUGCGGUAGUGAUGGCGGAGGUGCGGGGUGGUGGGGGUUGUGUUUGUAAGUUGAUCUAGUGGGUAAUGGUAUUGUUAUGAUAGUGGUUUGAAUUGAUUGAUGUAUGGAUUAAAGGUUGUUUAAUUGUGUAUUUAAUCAGGGAGAGAGGACAGUAAAUUUAAGGUUGUGAAGAUGAUGAUGAUGAUGAUCUAAGACUUUAGUGUUUUCCUUUGUACGUUUCAGUCUCUGUUUAUGGUUUGCCUAAUAAUAGGGUGCCCACUGUGCCCAAAAGUAUGGAUGUGAGAUAAUCUACUGGGUAAUUGUGUAUGCAAAAACCUAACAUUUUUAUCAGUACUGCAUUUUUCUUUUUGGUUUGCU